AUGGCCCUCUUACCAAUAGACGAUUCCACUCCCCCUGUGGGCCCGACACCCUCUAUCGCCUCGAGCGGUACGCCUGGUGUGGCAGGAGCGUUGGAGGCCUAUCGGCAGAAGGAUAUGACCAAAGUCCGGUUCAAAGCAAUCGGCAACGCCCCAAUAAUGCGACAGAACUACUACCGUAUCACGGCUUCAAACCGAUUUCAAGCUGUUAUCCAAUUCCUGCGAAAAGAGCUAGGGUGGAAAGCUGCGGACCCGCUGUUCACCUAUAUUAAUAGCGCGUUCUCCCCCACACCAGACGAUACGGUUGCGAAUUUGUACAAGUGCUUUGCAACAGAAGGACAUCUCAUUGUCAACUACAGUUCCACCGCUGCCUGGGGAUGA